UUAAAAGUAGAAAGCAAACCCCCAAUGUGAUCCUAUAUAAAGAACCUCCACAACAGCUAACUUGAUCAAUAAUCAUAUAGCUAGCUAAGUAAAAAAAAGAAGCUAGAUCGAUCAGUAUUCUAUAAAUGAAAAUGGAGAAUUUAGGGUUUCUAGUGAUUUCGACCUUUUUGCUUCUAUUUGCAACUCUUCUCCCUCAUUCUUCGGCGUCAACCAUCCGCCGAUUUCACUUCAAUGUCGAAUGGAAGAAAGUAACUCGAUUGUGCCACACAAAACAACUUUUAACGGUGAACGGACAAUAUCCAGGACCGACGGUGGCGGUACACGAAGGUGACACCGUAGAAAUCAAAGUGACUAACCGGAUCGCUCACAAUACAACUAUUCAUUGGCAUGGUUUAAGGCAAUACCGAACCGGUUGGGCAGAUGGACCGGCUUACAUAACGCAGUGUCCGAUAAGAUCGAAACAAUCAUAUACAUAUAGAUUUAAAGUGGAAGAUCAAAGAGGCACACUCCUUUGGCAUGCUCAUCACUCAUGGCAACGCGCCUCUGUCUACGGCGCCUUCAUCAUCUACCCGCGGAAGCCUUAUCCCUUCUCCGGCAGCCACAUCCAAUCCGAAAUUCCCAUUAUACUCGGUGAAUGGUGGAAUAAUGACGUCGACUUAGUGGAGAAGGAGAUGCUCAAGACCGGA